GCCCCCUGACCCAGGGCCGGAUGGGAGCCGGCGCCCCCUAGAGGGGACAGGCCCCCUGCCCCAUUCCCUGCCCCCCCGAGCCAGCCAGCCCCCUGACCCGGGGCCGGAUGGGAGCCGGCGCCCCCUAGAGGGGACAGGCCCCACGUCCCUUUGCCCAUUUCCCAGCCCCCCUAUUUCCUCUCCCAAAGACCCCACCCCGCUCCCAGCCGACUCCUCUGAAUUUCUGGGCCCAAAUCCCCGCAGGUCCCUUUUCUGCCACCCCCCAAACAGGGAACUGAGCAGCUCGUCAUUUCUCCCCCCGCUGCCCCAGGGCCCCACUUCCUUCCAGGUCUUUCACCAUUUCCUCUCCUCCUCUUCACUCUUUCUCGUUCACUUGUUCCUGCACCGUCCUGCAGCACAGGAGCUUCCACGUGCUGGUCCUGGGCUCAGACCCCCCCCCACACCCCAGCCCCACCUGCAGCCACGAGCUGGCCCCAGCUCUCCAGCCACGAGGCUGGUGUGUGUCCGUCCGGCGCGUCUUCGGGCCCCUCUCUGCUCCGGACCCGUCCCUUGAGCCCUGGCGCGGGACACCAUGGCGGAAUCGGGGGCCUGGCCCCAGCCGAAAAUCCCGGCUACGCUCCUGCUUCUCCUGGUCGCUGCAGCCUGUGCAGAGACGUCACCCAAAUGGAAGGGGAACGACCGCUCGGCCACCCGUGAGAAAAGCCAGCACGUCGGUACCGGCCCGGAAACUGCCUCUCCUUCGGCCGCGUUCGCCAGCCACAGCCCCGGCCCCUCUGCCGAAUUAGCCAGCAACGGCACCGGCCCCUCUGCCAAAUUUGCCGUGCGUCCACCCAUCGCGGCACAGCAGAUGCCCCCCACCACCCCGACGCUGGCAACGGAGGAGCCGGUUGGCUCGGUGUCUCCAUCUGCCCUUCCCGCUGUGGAGGCCGCCGGGUCAUCUGGCCCAGCCGGGGCGACGGCCGCGGGUGGAGAAAAGCCCGACAUGGAUCUGAAGCGAGAAGAACUGAAGGGGCAAGUGGGCACGGUACCAGGGAGCCCAAGUCCGGGGCAGGAGAACCAGACAGUGCCAGGCAGGAGCGGGCAGAGCAAGAGCGCCCCCACGGAGCCCGCCAAGCCAGAGGGCGCCGAUCGGGGCGGACACAACCGGACCCUGCCAGCCAGCGCCGAUCGGGGCGGACACAACCGGACCCUGUCAGCCAGCGCCGAUCGGACUGGACACAACCGGACCCUGCCAGCCAGCCCCGACAGGACCCUGCCAGUCACCGCCGAUCGGGGCGGACACAACCGGACCCUGCCAGCCAGCCCCGACAGGACCGUGCCAGCCAGCGCCGAUCCGACCGGACACCCCGGGGAGGACCAGACCACCCCCAAACUCUCACCCUCUGCCCUACCCCCCACCCCGCCGGUCAAACAGAAGCCCGGCUUCGACGCCUUGACUACGCCGCCAGCCGCUCCGGCCCCCAGCCCCCGCCCGCUGCCCGUGGGCAUGAUCGUGCCGCUCGUCAUCGUCGCCGCCCUGCUGCUGGCCCUGCUCCCCCUGCUGCUGCACUUUCGGCGCCGCCGUCGCUCCGGCUCCACCACCUUCGGCGCCGGGCGGGCGGGGCCCAGCGCGUGGGCGGGGCCGGUGAGCCUGCCGGAGGAGCGGGGCGAGGGGCAGGCCGGGGACGGGGGGCAGCAGGCCGGGCCGGGCGAAGCCAGGCGGCCCACGCUCACCACUUUCUUCGGGAAGCGCCACUCCCGGGUGUCCUCGGUGGCCAUGGAGGACGUGGCCGGGGCGAAGGGCGAGGGGCCCCUUUCGGAGCCCCUGCUGGCCACGGGGGAGCAGGGGAGCGAGCCCGGGCCACAGGGGGCAGGGGAAGCCAAUGGGACAGUGCCCUUGACGCCCGGACCCCCCCUCGCCCCCCCGGACCCCCCUGCCAACGGGGAAUUCCCCCUGCCCCCCCCCAUGGAGCAGGAAGCCAUGCCCCCUGUGUAAGCCCCACCCCCAAUUGCCUGCCCCGCCCACGGCACCCCCCUGCUGGAAUAGCCAGGAGCUCCCGCACAGCCGGCAUCCCCCCUCCUCCCCACAGCGCCCCCUGCUGGGCGAGGCCGGGCUGGAGUAGCCAGGAGCUCCCCCACAGCCGGCACCCUGCCCCCUCCCCACAGCGCCCCCUGCUGGGCGAGGCCGGGCUGGAGUAGCCAGGAGCUCCCCCCACAGCCGGCACCCUGCCCCCUCCCCACAGCGCCCCCUGCUGGGCGAGGCCGGGGCUGUUUCCGUCUGCCCACCCAGACAAUGGGGGAUUCCUUGUCUCUCUUGCUCAAGUCUUUCUUUGUUUCUUUUGCAAGAUUUUCUGCUGUCCCUAGCCACAAAUUUCCUGUUUAUGAUUCACCCUUCGAGUCCAUUUGAAUUCAGAGUGAAGGGUUUAGGGUGUGAACAGAAUAGAACCCAGGAGUCCUGGCUCCCAGCCCAACCCCCGUCCCAUCCCCUGAUGUAACCCACAAGACAGCGCUCCCCUCCCGGAGCGGGAGUAGAAACCAGCAGGGCAGCCCAGGAGUGGAGCUGGGGGGCAGGUCUGGGCUAGCAGGGGCUGCGGGUCGGG